AUGGUCGACCGCAAGUCGCAUCGGCUUUCUCGUCACUUGCCAGACGCGACAGACAAUCUCCACCGGCCUAUGCGCAAGAAGACGCUCGUCUCCGAGUGCCCCGGCAACAGCAUCACCAACCGGUGUCGGCCAGUCUGGCCGAGUCGAGUGACUGGACGCCCGUCAAUACAUAGACUGGGGGAAUCGGAAGGGAUCGAUCACCUCAACACACCGUCCCAAAGGGUCGGUUACCUUUUCGUGUCGUUUCUGGUCGCUUUCGACUGCAAGACCGGGACAAUUCGGGUUGUCUGA